AUGUCCGAAGACAUCCCCAAGACCCAAAAAGCUGUCGUUUACGCAAGUGACGCGGGCAAGAUCGAAUACAAGGAAAUCCCCGUUCCUACCCCCGGUCCCAACGAGUUGCUUAUCCAUGUCAAGUACACUGGUGUCUGCCACACUGAUAUCGACGCUUGGAGAGGAGACUGGCCUUUGCCGACCGAGAAGCCAUUGGUUGGCGGCCACGAGGGUGCCGGUGUUGUUGUUGGUAUGGGUCGCGACGUGCAGUACUGGAACAUUGGCGACUAUGCCGGCAUCAAGUGGCUCUACAGCUGUUGCAUGCAAUGCGAGUUUUGCGAAGAGAUGGCUGAACCAAACUGUCCCCACGCUGUCUUGUCUGGUUACACCCACAACGGGUCCUUCCAACAGUAUGCAGUUGCCGAUGCUACCCAGGCUGCCAGAAUCCCCAAGGGUGUCGACUUGGCUGAGGCGGCCCCCAUCUUGUGUGCUGGUGUCACUGCAUACACCGCGUUGAAGACAACUGGCGUUAUCGCAGGCCAAUGGGUCGGUAUCUCUGGUGCCGGCGGUGGUUUGGGCUCUGUUGCAGUCCAAUACGCCAAGGCCAUGGGUUUCAGAGUUUUGGGAAUUGAUAGCGGCGAAAAGAAGGACUACGUCACCAACGACUUGGGGGUCGAUGCCUUUAUCGAUUUCACCACUGAAAAAGAUGUGGUUGCUGCCGUCAAGAACGCCACCGAUGGCGGUCCACACGGCGUCAUCAAUGUUUCCACUUCAAACACGGCCAUCAACCAGUCGACCGAGUACGUUCGAACCUUGGGUGUUGUUGUCUUGGUUGGAUUGCCCGCGGGGUCAAAAGUGGUAGCCUCGGUGUUUGACUCUGUUGUUAGAUCGAUCCAAAUCAGAGGCUCGUACGUUGGAAACAGAAGAGACACCGCCGAGGCCUUGGACUUUUUCGCCAGAGGCUUGGUCAAGUGCCCUAUCAAGAUUGGCAAACUCCGAGACGUUGAAGAGGUUUUCAAGUUGAUGGAAGCUGGUAAAAUCAACGGAAGAUAUGUCCUUGACACUAGCAAAUAA